UGGGAUUUCCAAAAGUUUUUUGCUGUCAAUAAAAACCAAACAUUCAAAAUUUUUAUUUCAAUUUAUUGAAAAAAAUCGCCAAAUAAGCAAAACUGCUCCUAGCAGGUACUCAGUCCUGCUAUAUAAGUUAUAACUCAGACUGUGCUUUAACUAUCUUUUAUACAGGUCAUCAGUACACAGUACACACGAGAUCCAUUAAUAACAAGUUCCUAUUGUGCAUUUUUAUGGUGGUUUUACUAUGGCCUCAUACCUAAGCAGUAUACUGAGCAAUGUGUUAAACCCCAUCUUUCCAUUCAAAAUGUUGUUGAGAAGUUAUUCACUAUGUGUUUUAAUGGUGGAUGUAGUAUGGGUUGUAAUAAAUGCUAUUUAUGCAGUAAUGCAAGCAGUUUAUGAAGUGUUCAGACCUCCACCACUUAAAUCUGUAGAGAACGAGACAGCCCUGAUUGUAGGAUCAGGCAGAGGGGUUGGUCGUGAAAUAGCAAUCCAACUAGCUUACCUCGGUGCCAGAGUAGUCUGCGUAGACCAUAACGAAUGCAAUAACAACAAAACUGUCUCUUACAUAAAACGGAAAGGCGGCACUGCCCUAAGUUAUACCUGUGACAUCACGAAGAAGGAAAACGUGGUUCAUUUAGCAGAACAGAUAAGGAAUGAAGUCGGUUUCAUCAGUAUGGUAUUCUAUUGCUGCGGCAUUCCAAGCCCAAGGUCUCUGAUAACUCAGCCGCCUCAAGAUAUUCAUGAUACUUUGGAUCUAACUUUAACUUCUUACUUUUGGAUAAUAGACAACUUCAUGCCAGAAAUGAAAACAAGGAAUCAUGGCCACAUAGUAGCUUUGACUUCAGUAGCUGGUCUCAGUCACAUCAAGCACCAGAUGCCUUUGAGCGUGGCUCAGUUCGCUGUCCAGGGUCUGGCCGAGUCUCUGAUGGAAGACCUCAGGAUCAACAAGAUUAACGGGGUUCAUGUCACAUUGACGCAUAUCUAUCCGUUCAUCGUAGAAGACAGUUCAGAUUUGAGGAUGAAAAUACCAAGCUACUUCGGAACAAUAACUCCUGCGAAAGCCGCCAACUCCAUCUUAGAAAGUGUCCUUCGGAACUAUCCAGAGGCGUCAGUUCCCAAACAUUUACUAUUUCUCGGACACCUCUUGCGUAUUUUGCCAAGGAAAGCCACAGUGUUAGUGAGGGACUUAUUAGACACAGGCGUAGAUUUCGCUUGAACUAGUAUAAGGUUUAUUGUUUCCUAAAAGUUGAUAAUUUUGUUUGAGAUUUCCAAGGCUGACAUAUAAACUUGAAAUCUGUCAAAGAAUUUACAUGGUUUUCUACAGUGUGAAAUGAACUU